GAUCACUCAAAAAAUCAUGAGACCCGUCAUGGGACCGUGUAAGCCCACUCGUUAACAGCAGUGUUUUGGCUCACCUAUGCUGGCGGUAUGGCGGUAGAAACCAUCGCACCUGACUGGGAGUUUGACCGUUUUGACGACGGGUCCCAAAAAAUACACACGGAGGUUCAACUGAAGAACUACAGCAAGUUUCUGGAGGAGUACACCUCUCAGCUGAGGGGUAUCGAGGAGGCUCUGGAUGACUCCAUCGGAGAUGUGUGGGACUUCACACUGGACCCCAUCGCCCUGAAGCUUCUCCCAUACGAGCAGUCAUCCUUAUUGGAGUUGAUUAAAACAGACAACAAGGUUCUGAACAAAGUGAUCACAGUUUAUGCUGCUCUGUGUAGUGAAGUGAAGAAGCUUAAGUACGAGGCAGAAACCAAGUUCUACAAUGGCUUAUUGUACUAUGGAGAGGGAGUGUCAGACACCAGCGUUGUUGAAGGGGAGUCCCAGAUUCAAAUGGGCAGAUUUAUCUCGUUUCUUCAGGAACUGUCCUGUUUUGUGUCAAGAUGUUAUGAAGUGGUGGUCAACAUUGUUCAUCAGCUGGCUGCCCUCUACAACAGCAACAAGGGUACAGCAACAAUCAUUGAGUCAUCAGGUGUCCAUUUCCAGACCGUGUACGAACACCUCGGGGAGUUGUUAGUGGUUCUGCUCACACUGGAUGAGAUCAUGGGAAAUCACGGCACACUAAAAGAUCACUGGAAGAUGUAUAAAAGGUUGUUGAAAUCUGUACACCAUAACCCGGGGAAGUUUUCCAUACCUGAAGAGAAGCUGAAACCAUUUGAGAAGCUCCUGCUCAAGCUUGAGGGACAGAUGCUGGAUGGCAUGAUACUGCAGGCCUGUGUGGAGCAGAGAUUCGAUGAUCCCGGGGAAGGAGUAGCUGUCGCCAAAAACGGUGCCUUUGCCGAGGAGUUUUCCUUCAACAUUCGCACCAUAUUCACCAACGUUGAGUCCAAAAUUGGGGAACCUUCAGAGAUUGACCAGAGGGAUAAGUAUGCCUGCGUCUGUGGUCUAUUUGUGCUUCACUUUCACAUCUUCAGGAGUGUCGACAAAAGGUUCUACAAGGCGCUGCUUGACAUCUGUAAAAAGGUCCCAGCUGUCACUCUGACUGCAAACAUCAUUUGGUUUCCAGACGCUUUCCUCCUUGCCAAGGUCCCGGCCGCAGCUAAACUGAUGGAUAAGAAGAGUCUACAGUCGAUCAGAGCGCAUAGAGACACCUACCUCCAGCAAAGAGCACAGGCACUAACAAAGGAUGUGCAGUCCUACUACGUGUUUGUGACUUCAUGGAUGAUGAAGAUGGAGUCCAUUUUGUCCACGGAGAACAAGAGUGACAAGUUGGCAGAAGACUUGAACAGCAGGUGUAAUGUGUUUGUACAGGGCAUCCUGUAUGCAUACAGCAUCAGCACCAUUAUCAAAACCACCAUGAACAUGUACAUGUCGAUGCAGCGGCCCAUGACCAAGACCUCUGUCAAAGCUCUGUGUCGACUCGUUGAAUUGCUCAAGGCUGUGGAGCACAUGUUUUAUAGGCGGUCCAUGGUUGUAGCAGACUCUGUUUCUCACAUCACUCAGCAGCUGCAGUCACAGGCCCUCAACGCCAUCGGCGUCGCCAAGAAAAGGGUGAUCUCUGACAAGAAGUAUAGUGAGCAGAGGCUGGAUGUGCUGUCGUCUUUGGUUCUGGUAGAAAAUGCUCUGAGUGGACCCAGCACAAAGGAGCGGCGCCUCGUGGUGUCUCUGGCCCUGUGUGUCGGCACUCAGCUGAAAACGUUCAAAGAUGAGGAGCUGCUUCCACUGCAGCUCGUGUUGAAGAAGCUGGAUCUGAUCAGUGAGCUCAGUGAGAGGGUCAAGCUGCAGUGUGACUGUAGUUUCCUUUACUGGCACCGCGCUGUGUUCCCCAUCUACCUAGAUGAUGUAUAUGAUAACGCUGUGGACGCAGCGAGAAUACAUUACAUGUUUAGUGCACUGAGGGACAGUGUGCCCUCCAUGUUGCACGCCAAACACAUGGAAUCAUGUGACCAGCUGCUGGAGAGCUACGAUAAGGAGAUCAUGGACGUGUUCAACGAGCACCUACUGGACAAGCUGUGUAAGGAGAUUGAGAAGGACCUGCGUCUCUCCGUCCACCGCCAUCUGAAGCUGGACGACAGGAACCCUUUCAAAGUUGGCAUGAAGGACCUGGCUCACUUCUUCUCCCUCAAACCCAUCCGAUUCUUCAACCGCUUCAUCCUUAUCAAAGCCUAUGUGACCCACUACCUGGAUAAAACCUUCUACAACCUAACCACUGUCGCUCUCCACGACUGGGCCACCUACAGCGAGAUGAGAAACCUCGCCACGCAGCGCUAUGGACUCACCAUGACGGAGGCACACUUGCCCAGCCAGACCCUGGAGCAGGGCCUGGAUGUUCUGGAGAUCAUGAGGAACAUUCACGUGUUUGUCUCACGCUACCUUUAUAACCUCAACAACCAGAUCUUUGUAGAGAAGGCCAGUAACAACAAGCACUUGAACACGAUCAACAUCCGUCACAUCGCCAACUCCAUCCGGACCCACGGCACAGGCAUUAUGAACACCACGGUGAAUUUCACCUACCAGUUCCUGCGGAAGAAGUUUUACAUCUUCAGUCAAUUCAUGUACGACGAACACAUCAAGUCCAGACUCAUCAAGGACAUUCGCUUCUUCAGAGAAACAAAGGACCAGUCUGAUCAGAAGUAUCCAUUUGACCGAGCAGAGAAGUUUAACCGCGGCAUCAGGAAGCUCGGCAUUACUCCUGAUGGUCAGAGCUACCUGGACCAGUUCAGACAGCUCAUCAGCCAGAUUGGUAAUGCCAUGGGCUAUGUGCGUAUGAUUCGCUCUGGAGGUCUCCACUGCUGCAGCAGUGCCAUCAGGUUUGUCCCCGACCUGGAAGAUAUAGUCAACUUUGAGGAGCUGGUGAAAGAGGAGGGACUUUCAGAGGAGACCCAGAAAGCUGCAAGUGUCCUAGAUUCAGUGUUGGAAGAUCUGACCAGCAACUCUGCCGAGGGCACGGAGUACUUCAAGAUGCUGGUGGCGGUGUUUGCGGCCGAGUUUCGCAGUGCCAAGAAUAUGCACCUGAGGAACUUCUACAUGAUUGUACCCCCACUGACGGUGAAUUUUGUGGAGCACUCCAUCAGCUGCAAAGAGAAACUCAACAAGAAGAACAAAACUGGAGCUGCUUUCACAGAUGAUGGAUUUGCUAUGGGUGUGGCGUACAUCCUAAAGCUGCUGGACCAGUAUCUGGAGUUUGACUCUCUGCACUGGUUCCAGGCCGUCAGAGAUAAGUACAAGAAAGAGAUGAAUGCUGUGGUGAAGGAGCAGAGCAUCCAGACGGCCAGCCAGGAUGAAAAAUUGCUACAAACCAUGAACCUCACUCAGAAGAGGCUGGAUGUCUACCUUCAGGAGUUUGAGCUGCUCCACUUCUCGUUAAGCAGCGCGCGGAUCUUCUUCAGAGCAGACAAGACCGCAGCCGAGGAGACUCAGGAGGAGAAGAAAGAUAAAGAUGUUGCUGCCAAAGCAGGAGGUCCUUUAGAUGGCUCGACUCUCCCAGAACUGGCCCCAAAGUUACCCUCACUGUGAAAACAGCAGAUCAGUGUUCACAGCUUGAGGACUGUACAAUGUGGGAGAAUGCGCCUCGCUAGAAGAGUGAGUGUGAAGAGAAGAUCUAAAGCAAAAGACUGCAGUGAAAUGUGUAUGUGUGUGGAAAACAACAGACAGUUGAAGGAUAUUGUUUCUCUUUACGUCCCAUGACAAAACAAUCAUCUUAACUAGAGAAUGUGUACUUAAAGUGCUUCGGCAAGAAGUGUCUUUUUUUGUUUCCGUUCUACAGAAACAUAACAUCUCCAAACCUUUCUUUUUCCACUUCUAAUAAAUUCAAUUAGAAUUUGUAGCAUGUACGCAAGCGACUGCAAUUUGAAAUGGUCGGGUGGCAUAACGAGUGUAAUGUAAAUGCUGUCCUCUGCCACGCUGCCUCUUAGUACGUGUACUUUUAGUCUGGAUGGACUGGUUUAUACAGAGAAGCCUCAGCUACGCCUGAUCAGACGACAUCUGUGAAUGCUUCUGAGUAUUGAUAUCAAUACUUUGCGAAAUAAUUGUUUCUGUCCAAUUUCUUAAUUUUGACUGACUGUCCAUGGCUUUUGAUAGUUUAUUGACAGUUAUGAGGACUCUGAGAUUGUUUUCAAUGUAUAAUCUUCUCAUGUUCAUGUGCCAUAUUUGUCUACUGCUAUUGUUUGUUUUAUACAUUGUAGAAGUUAUGUAUAUGUGCCUUUCUAAACUGUUUUGACAACUUAAUUAAUUUAGAAAUAAUGCAUUUAAACACAAGAUCUAUAAGUGUAGCUUAGUACAAAAGUGUCUUUAUUUCUCUGCAGCACUGGAGAUGUAUGAUUACAUUUCUUUCCCCAAUGUUGUAUCUAUCAACAUGUGAAAAUGAGGCCAGAAUUUGGUCAAAAUUACAUUCCAUGAAUUGACUUGCUUGAAGAGAAAGUUAUGUAAAGUCUUUGAAGACUAAUUAAACGUGCACUUUUGACAGAAUUAAAUAUUUCUCCAUCA